GCUCCGACCCAGUCAAGGAGAGUAAACCACAGUCAGAUGUACUCAUUGAGGACAACUAUAAAGCGUAAGGUGUACUCAUCAUAGGUCAUACCAUCAGUCAACCAUCAUCAGCACUAUCGAGUCAAGCAACCCAAAGCGGAACAGCACUCCGGUCGAUCAUGUCUUCAUUCCUCCCCACAAUCCUCUGUCUGCAUGGCACGGGCACAUCGGCCAGCAUCUUUGCGGCACAAACACGAAAACUGCGGGCUGCCCUACAAUCACAAUUCAAGUUCGUCUUCAUCGACGCACCCCACCCCUCAGCACCAGGCCCUGGUGUCGCUCCCGCAUACGUCGAUUCAGGGCCCUUCUACAGCUGGUUUUCCCCCUCAGCAAAUGACUCGAUGGAAUGUGUAGCUAGAGAAUUUGUCACCUGCAACGAACACAUUAUCAAGACCUUGUUAGCACGCGACAUUCAACCUUCGAGCAUCACGGCCGUCAUGGGCUUCUCGCAGGGGACUAUCGUGGCUUCCAUGCUGUUGGGCUUGGCUCAAUACCACGUUGUUGAAUGGGCAUCGAUGGAUGUCAGUCUGGCCGCGGUGCCAUGGGCCGGUCUGCGGUUCGGAGCGUUGCUGUCAGGGUCCUGCAGUGAUGGUGUCGUGACUGCGUUUAUGGGCAAGAAGUUGCAAUUGCCAUGCGUGCAUUUGCAUGGUCUGCAAGAUCCCUUCUUGGAGCACGCGAGGAUGCUCCACACCAACAUCUAUCAUGCCACUUCAUCGGAUGUGCUUGAGUUUGAUGGUGGCCACAACAUUCCUGGAAGCAAAGCGGAUCUUGACAGGCUGGUUGCUCUGAUCCGAGGUCUGAACAGGAAGACCAAGACGAAAGCAUGGGCAAAGAGAAGAUGAGGAGGUUGUUUGUUCUUGCACCGGGUCUGGAAUUGAGAUGGAGCGAGCUGGAGAUAAAUGGCGUUCGGGGGGUUUCGUUCGAGUCAGAAUUGGAGUCAUGGUGUAGUAGGACUGACAUUAUCUGAUGUCCUCCGUGACAUGGAGUGACAG